AUUAAAUUAAAUUAAAAUUAGAAAACCAUUCAACAUAGAAAUCAUGGGAUUAGGGAUGCAAGUAAUGCUGAUGCUAAGCAUGGCAGGAUGCCUCGCCACAAUUUCAUAUGCUGCAGAAGGGACUGCCACUUUUUAUAACCAUUAUGUCCCCUCCUAUUGCUAUGGAAAUGCAAAUAAGGGGGUAAUGAUAGCCGCAGCGAGCGACGCCAUAUGGAAUAACGGGGCAGCUUGCGGGAGGAAAUACAGAGUCAGGUGUACUGGUGCCACAAACAAUGGCCCUCCACCUUGCAAGGGAGGCAGCGUUGAUGUAACAAUAGUUGAUUACUGUCCGCCAGGUUGCCAGGGAACUAUUGAUCUGUCCCAGGAAGCUUUCUCUCUAAUUGCAAAUCCUGUUGCUGGCAAAAUCAAAAUUGAAUAUACCCAGUUGUAAGGGAAUGCUGCAUAUGGAUAGCAUGCAUUACUGAAAGAGGAAGCAAUAAGUUACAUAUAAAUGGAAUAGUUUAUAGAAUAAUGUCCAAACUAAAUAAAUUACAAUAAAUAAAAAAUCAAAAGAGGAUCCUCACUCA